AUGGCUAGUCGAAACAUCUCUCCUAUUCAGCUAGCCACCCAAUUCCAGAUCAAAGCAGGUUACUGGUUCUCCGGCAGCGAGUUCCCCAUUUCAGACAUAAACUCAGCCCUCUUUAGUCACCUUAUUUGUGCUUUUGCUGGUCUAAACUCUCCGUCCUACGAGCUCUCUACCUCAUCCUCCGAUGAGCCAUACUUCUCCACCUUCACCAACACUGUUAAACAAAAGAACCCAUCAAUCACCACCCUCCUUUCUAUUGGGGGUGGAAGCGCAGACUAUGUAGUCCUUUCAUUGAUAGUCAGCAAGGCUUCCUAUAGAAAAUCUUUCACCGACUCUUCAAUGAAGAUAGCAAGGCUUUAUGGUUUCCAAGGCCUAGACCUUUGCUGGGUUUCAGCAAACACAAGUUCCGACAUGACCAAUAUGGGGUUACUCUUUCAGGAGUGGCGAGCUGCAGCGAAUUCUGAGGCAAAAAACUCUAGCCAGACAGAAUUGAUCUUGACUGCUGCUGUUCAAUACUCACCGGAUGUGGAUAGUGCUUCUUUCCUAGUGGAUUCCAUAAGGGAUAACUUGAAUUGGGUUCAUGUCAUGGCUUAUGACUACUAUAUGCCUCAGUGGUCAAACUUUACAGGUGUUCUUGCAGCCUUAUUUGACCCAUCAAGCGAGGCUAGCACAGAUUAUGGAGUUGGUGCAUGGAUUGGUAGGGGAUUGCCUGCUGGAAAGUUGGUCUUGGGCUUGGCUUUCUAUGGCUAUGCGUGGAAGUUGAAGAAUCCCAACGACAAUGCCAUUGGUGCACCCGCUACAGGUCCAGCCAUUACACCUGAAGGGGACAUGAGCUAUAAGGAAAUCAAGGCUCACAUUCAGAGAUAUAGGGCUAUUGUAAGAUACAAUGCUACAUAUGUAGUAAAAUUCUUCACAGCUGACAUUGAGGCAGCUACAGAUAGACUUUCAAUUGAAAAUAAACUUGGAGAGGGAGGUUAUGGUCCCGUUUACAAGGGUGUGUUACCAAAUGGGCAGGAAAUUGCAGUGAAAAAGCUUUCCAAAAUGUCUACUCAAGGGUUUGAGGAGUUUAAGAAUGAGGUUAUACUUACUGCAAAACUGCAACAUGUAAAUCUUGUGCGACUUUUGGGAUUUUGCAUUGAGAGGGAUGAACAAAUGCUGAUCUACGAGUACAUGCCAAACAAAAGCUUGGACUUCUACCUCUUUGGUCUAAUAUCUUUCCUGCAAUUCAAUUACAGUAAAUGA